AUGGAGAGUGGUGCAGUUCUGCUGGAAUCCAAGUCCUCCCCGCUUAACCUUCUGCAUGAAAUGCACCAGCUCCGCCUGCUGGGUCACCUGUGCGACGUGACUGUCAGCGUGGAGUACCAGGGUGUCCGGGAGGAAUUCAUGGCCCACAAGGCGGUGCUGGCAGCCACCAGCAAGUUUUUUAAGGAAGUGUUUCUUAACGAGAAGACUGCGGAUGGCUCGAGGACUAACGUCUACUUAGACGAAGUGCAGGUGGCUGACUUCGCUUCUUUUCUUGAGUUCGUCUACACUGCAAAGGUCCAGGUGGAGGAAGAUCGGGUGCAGCGAAUGCUGGAAAUGGCAGAAAAGCUGAAAUGUUUGGACUUAUCUGAAACUUGUUUUCAGUUGAAGAAACAGAUGUUAGAGUCGGUACUUUUGGAGUUGCAGAAUUUCUCGGAGUCUCAGGAGGCAGAAGGGAGCAGCGGCUCCCAGGUCUCUGCUGCUGUCUCCCCUGAUGCUCGGGCAGGUGUGGCUGCGGACAGCCCUCUGGCCAACGGCGUCGCUGGUUCCUUGGAUCCCCCAGCAGCAAGAAUUGGCAGCAGCCUGUUGCCAGACCUGCCCUCGAGAAAGUCCAGGGAGAAGCCAGACAAGAGAAAAGAGAUCGCUAAGUCCCCCUACCCCAAGCUCAGAAGGGCUAGCGGGAGGCUGGCUGGGAGGAAGGUGUUCGUGGAAAUCCCUAAAAAGAAGUACACUCGACGACUCCGAGAGCAGCAGAAGAGUGCCGAGCAGGACGCCGGGGACCGCGGGGGCCCCCGUGAGCCCAGCGCAGACGCCGGGGGGACGGUGAAGGAGCUGGUCACAGUCACGAAAGAUGAGGAUGGCGGGGCUGGGGCCGAGGCGGAGGCAGUGCUGCCGAAGGUGGGUCAGGGGCAGGGGGAGGAGGACGAGGACGAGGACGAGGACGAGGAGGAGGAGGGCGCGGGGAGGCGGAGGAGCAGCUUCCGGUGCACGCGCUGCGAGAAGGCCUUUCUGUACGAGAAGAGCUUCCUGAAGCACGUGCGGCACCACCACGGCGUGGCCACCGAGGUGGUCCACCGCUGCGACACCUGCGGCCAGACCUUUGCCAACCGCUGCAACCUGAAGGGCCACCAGCGCCACGUGCACAGCAGCGAGCGCCACUUCCCGUGCGAGUUGUGUGGCAAGAAGUUCAAGAGGAAGAAGGAUGUGAAGCGGCACGUGGUGCAGGUGCACGAGGGCGGCGGCGAGCGGCACCAGUGCCAGCAGUGCGGCAAGGGCCUGAGCUCCAAAACGGCGCUGCGGCUGCACGAGCGCACGCACACGGGCCACAAGCCCUAUGGCUGCACCGAGUGCCCGGCCACCUUCUCGCAGCCCUCAGCCCUCAAGACCCACCUGAGAAUUCACACAGGGGAAAAACCUUUUGUCUGUGAUGAAUGUGGUGCAAGAUUCACUCAGAACCACAUGCUGAUUUAUCAUAAAAGGUGUCACACAGGUGAGAGGCCUUUCAUGUGUGAAACGUGUGGCAAGAGUUUCGCUUCCAAGGAGUAUUUAAAACAUCACAACAGGAUCCACACUGGGUCCAAACCCUUUAAAUGUGAAGUUUGUUUCAGGACUUUUGCUCAGCGGAAUUCGCUUUACCAGCAUAUCAAAGUCCACACAGGGGAGCGGCCCUACUGUUGUGACCAGUGUGGCAAGCAAUUCACGCAGCUCAACGCGCUCCAGCGCCACCAUCGGAUCCACACGGGGGAGAAGCCAUUCAUGUGCAAUGCGUGCGGGCGGACAUUCACCGACAAGUCCACGCUCCGGCGGCACACCUCGAUCCAUGAUAAGACAACUCCAUGGAAGUCUUUCCUCGUCAUCGUGGACAGCUCUCCCAAGAAUGGCGAUGGGCACAAGACUGAGCAGCCCGAUGAAGAGUACACGCCAUCCAAACUCUCUGAUAAAUUGCUGUCUUUCGCAGAAAAUGGCCAUUUUCACAACCUGGCCACUGUGCAGGGCAGCAUGCCUGCUGUGCACGAUGACAGUCCUGCGGACCCGGCCUGUAAGUCGGACGGCCCUGUGGGGUCCCAGGACACGCUGCUGGCCACCACCAUCAACGAGCUUAGCGAGCUGACGCCGCAAACGGACGGGCCCACACAGCUCCACUCUCUGACUCACACGGACUAG